GGGGGGGGGGGGGGGGAAGCCAGCGGACAUUGUUCCAAAACCCGGACGCUUAUCUGCUAUCUGCUCUUUCGGAUACCUUUUGGGAAUGGCCUCGUGGACGCCUUUCUCUGACCUAACCUCAGCCUUUCGUUGAGCUGGAGGGAGGGCGGAGGAGGAGGAGGAAGAGGAGGAGAAGACGACGAGUUUAAUGGCAUCUUUUCCAGGAUUUGGAUAUUCCAAAAGGCAUAGCAUUCCAAACAGAGACUCGCUGGAGAAGAUGUUGCCGCUGCAAAAAAGGGAUCAGUUUGACAACUUGGAGAAGCAUACGCAGUGGGGGAUCGAAUUCGUGGAGAGGUACACCAAAUUUGUCAAGGAGAGGUCGGAGAUUGAAACCAGCUAUGCAAAACAAAUUAGGCUAAGCUUCAAAAAUAUUUUUAAAAGAGGGAGGUCAUUUUUUAGGUCGAAAAUAGUUGUUCUGAAAGAAGUCAGUGAACAACGGUUUAAAGGUGACACUGUUCCUUUAAAUCGUUCCGAAUCUGUUCCAAACCAUCUUUCACGUGACAUCACUUCCUGUCGCCCCGCCAGGUACACCUUCUGUCGAGCCUUCCUGACGUCCCUGAACGAGUUGAACGACUACGCGGGCCAACACGAGGUCAUCGCGGAGAACCUGACGUCCCAAAUCAUCACCGACCUUUCGCGCUUCCUGCAGGACCUCAAGGCCGAGAGGAAGUCGCACUUCCACGAUGGCCGUAAGGCACAGCAGCACAUCGAGAGCUCGUGGAAACAGCUGGAAUCGUGUAAAAGGAAGUACGAGAGGGACUGCAAAGAGGCCGACCGAGCGCAGCAAUACUUUGAGAGGAUGGACGCCGACAUCAACGUGACUAAGGCCGAAGUGGAGAAGGCGCGGCAACACGCUCAGUCCAGGCACCAGAUGGCCUCGGACAGCAAGAGCGAUUACUCCUCCUACCUGCAGAAGUUCAACCAGGAGCAGAGCGAGCACUACUUCAGCACCAUCCCCAACAUAUUCCAGAAACUUCAAGACAUGGAGGAGAAACGAAUUGACAGGAUAGGAGUGUGCAUGAAGACGUUUGCGGAAGUGGACCGACAAGUGCUGCCCAUCGUGGGGAAGUGUUUGGACGGCAUGACGAAGGCCGCCGAGUCCAUCGAGCCCAAAACUGACUCCAAGCAGGUGGUGGAGUCCUACAAGUCCGGGUUCGAGCCUCCGGGAGACGUGGAGUUCGAGGACUACGGGCAGGCCAUGAAGCGGACGGCGUCCGACACCAGCCUGAGCAGCUCCAAGGAGGCCAAGGAGAAGCCGGCCGGCAAGAGCAAGGGCAAACUGUGGCCCUUCAUCAAGAACAAGAACAAGUCUCCCAAGCAGCACAAGGAGCCCCUCUCCCACCGCCUCAACGACUUCAUGACCUCCAAACCCAAAAUGCACUGCCUCCGGAGCCUGAGGCGAGGGCUAUCGCUCAAGCUGGGCUCGGGACCGGAGGACUUCAGCCACCUGCCACCAGAACAGAGGAGGAAGAAGCUGCAGGGAAAGAUAGAUGAACUGAAUAAGGACAUUCAAAAGGAGAUGGACCAGAGGGACGCGCUGACCAAGAUGAAAGACGUGUACGUGAAGAACCCGCAAAUGGGGGACGCCGCCAGCGUGGACCCCCGGCUGUAUGAAAUCGCCCAGAACAUCGAGAAGCUCCAGUACGAAGCGGCGAAAUUCGAGGGCUGGCUGGCGGAGGUGGAGGAGAGGAUGCCGUCCAAGAGCGACACCAACCGCCGAAGUGGACUCUUUGAGGCCCAGAACAACGCGCCAGUGAGCAACAACUGUGCGCAGGACCGAGAGAGCCCGGACGGAAGCUACACGGAGGAGCAGAACUCAGAGAGCCAGGUCAAAGCCAGCGCCGACCCCGCCCACCCCGUCAACCCCGCCCACCCCGCCAACCCCGCCCUGCCCACCUCCAGCACGCCGGAGUUCGACGACGAGUUCGACGACGAGGAGACCCUGCCCACCAUCGGCACCUGCAAAGCCCUGUACCCCUUCGAAGGUCACAACGAGGGCACCAUCGCGGUGGCGGAGGGCGAGCUGCUGUACGUCAUCGAGGAGGACAAAGGGGACGGCUGGACGCGGGUGCGCCGCAACGAGGACGAGGAGGGAUACGUGCCCACGUCCUACGUCGAGGUCUUUUUGGAGGCGAACGCCAAAGGUGCUAUGACGUACAUUUAACUCUCGUUUCCAUCCGGUGGCUCAGACACGUUCUGCCUCUUUCACCCCCCCCCCCCCCCCCGGAAUGGAAGGGCCAAUCAGAUUUGUCCGUUGCGCCUCGUCACGGUUUACCGUACGACACUGAGCC